CUGUGUCCAGUUUCUGUGUCCACGCCGUGGUCACUAAACCUGUCCUCUCUGGAUAGCCAGGUCUGCCAGCCCUGCUCCAGCAGUGCCAAAUUCUAGGACCACAUCAUAAUAGAUAUUGAACGUUGUUGGGCUCAGGCUGCAGCCCUGUCUCACCCAACGACCCUUUCACUGUUCUCAGAGUACAUUGAUUUAUUUACAUUGCAGACCUUAAACCCUACUCCACUUUGAAGAAGUCUGUACAACAGUCCUUCGUGUCAAAUUGAAUCAAGUGCUCUUUUUAAAAACCAAUACAACGGGCAGUGUCAAAUGUGUGAGACGUGCUCGCUACGCACCAAGGAACAGCUCCCCAGUCAACGCGCAGGCACGAUGUGGACAGCGGGGACGCGCACGUCGGCCGGCGCGCUCGCCGGUCGCGUGUGGGAGCUCCGCCGAGUUCGGGUCUCCUGCUGCACACAGUAUGAGAGAGGCGUGCGGGGUCGUCUAGAGCACUGGUCACUGUCUCUGCAGCAGGCUUCUUCCUUUUUCUUCCAGUAACAAUUACGACAGCUCCACUGGGUGGCCGGCAUCAUGCUGUGGACAGCCAGGCAGGUCAUUAGGAAUUUCUCCACAGCUCCCGUGUGCUUCCAGAAUACGCUGAAGCUGGCCCUGAUUGGGCAGAGCCUGUUCGGACAGGAAGUGUACAGCCAGCUGCGGAAGCAGGGCCACAGGGUGGUGGGCGUGUUCACCGUUCCUGAUAAGGUUUCCUGGAACCAGCCAGCUCAGGCCAUUCACAACUGGGUCCGCGGCCACGAUAAAGUCCCGGGAGCGUGGGCCGUCAUUGGCGGACAGGCAGUGACCCUGUAUGGCUCCUCCCUCCUGGCCGGUCCAGUGCCCCCCGGGGAGCCUCUGGACAUCGAGGGAGCCCCGCAGCCCGGCAUCGUCACCAGCAACGGACUGGUCCUCUUCGGCUCCGACGGGAAAUCGCUCCUGGUGAAGAACCUGCAGUUUGAGGAUGGCAGGAUGAUCCCGGCGUCCAAGUACUUCUCAGCCGGAGAGACGGCGAGCGUGGAGCUGACUGAGGAGGAGGAGAAGAUCGCCGAGGAAAUCCGGGCCAUUUGGAAAGGCAUUUUGAGCAACGUUCCAAAGAUUGAGGACUCGACAGAUUUCUUCAAAUCUGGAGCAGCCUCAAUGGAUGUAGUGAGGCUGGUGGAGGAGAUCAAGCAGAAGUGUGAGGGGCUGCAGCUGGAGAACGAGGACGUGUACAUGGCCACCAGCUUCCAGGACUUCAUCCAGAUGGUGGUCAGGAGGCGGAGGGGCGAGGACAGGGAGGAAGAGCUGGUUGUUGACCACGUAACUAAAGAAGUGAAUAACAUGACUGUGAAGAUGCCGCAUCAGUGUUUUAUCAAUGGGAAAUUUGUGGAUGCUGAAAGCGGAAAGACCUACGACACCGUCAACCCCACAGAUGGCUCGGUUGUCUGUAAGGUGUCGUACUCGUCCGUGGCCGAUGUGGACCAGGCUGUGGCGGCGGCGAAGGAGGCGUUUGAGCGAGGGCCCUGGGGGAAGAUGAACCCCCGCGACCGAGGCCGGCUGCUGUACCGGUUGGCUGACCUGAUGGAGGAGCACCAGGAGGAGCUGGCCACCAUUGAGACCUUGGACUCGGGCGCAGUGUACACCCUGGCACUGAAGACGCACGUGGGCAUGUCUGUGCAGACCUUCCGCUACUUUGCUGGGUGGUGCGACAAGAUCCAGGGCACAACCAUACCCAUCAACCAGGCCCGUCCCAACAACAACCUGACCUUCACCAAGAGGGAGCCGCUGGGCGUCUGCGCCAUUGUCAUCCCCUGGAACUACCCCCUGAUGAUGCUGGCGUGGAAGAGUGCAGCUUGCUUAGCCGCUGGGAACACGCUGGUCCUGAAGCCUGCCCAGGUGACGCCACUGACUGCGCUGAAGUUUGCAGAGCUCUCGGUCAAGGCUGGCAUCCCCAAGGGUGUGAUUAACAUCGUGCCUGGCUCAGGAGGCCUGGUGGGGCAGCGCAUGUCUGAGCACCCUGACAUCCGUAAGCUGGGCUUCACCGGCUCCACACCCAUUGGCAAGCAGAUCAUGAAGAGCUGUGCGGUGAGCAACCUGAAGAAGGUGUCCCUGGAGCUGGGGGGCAAGUCCCCCCUCAUCAUCUUCAGCGACUGCGAGCUGGACAAGGCUGUGCGCAUGGGCAUGGGGGCUGUAUUCUUCAACAAAGGAGAGAACUGCAUUGCAGCUGGCCGCCUGUUUGUGGAGGAUUCCGUUCACGAUGAGUUCGUCAGGAGAGUGGUGGAGGAGAUCAGGAAGAUGAAGAUCGGGGACCCCCUGGACCGCUCCACAGACCAUGGGCCCCAGAACCACAGAGCCCACCUGGAGAAGCUGCUGGAGUACUGCGAGAUCGGGAAGAAGGAGGGAGCCACACUGGUGUACGGAGGGCGACAGGUUCCACGGCCAGGCUGUUUCAUGGAACCCACAGUGUUCACAGAUGUGGAGGAUCACAUGUACAUCGCGAAGGAGGAGUCUUUUGGGCCCAUUAUGGUCAUCUCCAAGUUUAGAGAUGGGGAUGUAGACGGUGUGCUCCAGAGGGCGAACAACACCGAGUUCGGACUGGCGUCCGGCGUCUUCACCCAGGACAUCAGCAAGGCCAUGUACGUGAGCGAGAGGCUGGAGGCCGGAACCGUGUUCAUCAACACCUACAACAAGACCGACGUGGCCGCGCCCUUCGGGGGCUUCAAGCAGUCCGGGUUUGGGAAGGACCUUGGGGAGGAAGCUCUGCACGAGUACCUGAGGACGAAAGCUGUGACAGUGGAGUACUGAAGCGGUCCCUUGGCCUCCUCAUCACCAGCUGCAAGAAACACCAACAGCUGCUACUUCUUAAACAUUCACUGCAUCCAUGUGCCUACAGAUCUUUCAUUUUUAAACUUAAAAAAAGACUGGUAUUUAAGGACUCACUUCCAGAGAUUUUAUACACCAACCAGUUUGCAUAGCAUCACCUUAAACCAGACAAACCUACAGCAAAGAGAUGAGCAGACGUGGUUUUCAAUCAAAUCCAAAGCAGAAGCAUUUUUUUGAGUAUUGCGAACUUUUGGACUUAACACUUAACACUGGAUCACUUAACACCACCCACA